UCAUCCGGGUCUUUCUCCAGUCUGUAAUGUAACAUGGCGGGUGUUUGCCUGAAGUGAUUAUUACUCGAAACAAGUGCUUUUUAUCCAUACAGAUGGUGAUUUUAAGACUUUGGCAUGCUUGUUAAUGCCAAGAAAAUAAUCUAGUUGUGAAAGAUGCAGAAUGUAGUACAGGGACCUGUCGCCGACAGCGAGAAAGAGAGCUCAAUACUGGAGGGUGCGAAGUCUGACUCGACCGCCACCUUGAGACCAGCUACCCCGGAUAAAUGCCAAACGUAUGCGGACCUUCAAGAUAAAUUUUUCACAGUAUCGGGCGAAUCAGAUAGCGAAGAGGGUGACGAAUCGGAGGUGGAGCCGUUUGCCUUGGGUGAGGGGGAGGGGGAGGAGGAGGAGGUGGGUGGAGCAGCUGGGAGCGUACGCAACAAGUUCCUGUUGUCGGCCGCAGCCCAUGCCACUGCCACUACACCGGACCUUAGUACUGCCUCACCACACCAUACUCAGCCACAUUUUGAUCCCGAUACUCAUUCACGGCUCGUGGCACUUUUAGAAGCUGCAGUUUCUUCAUCCUCAGAUCCGGAAGUACUUCGCCGUCUGACCUCCAGUGUUUCUUGUGCACUGGACGAAGCUGCAGCUGCCUUGACGCGUAUGCGCUCGGAAACGGUAGGUGGAGCAGCAGCAGCGGCGGCGGCGGCAGCAGCGGCGGCAGCGGCAGCAGCCACAGUGGGAGGAAGCAGCAGCAGCAGUAGCAGCAGCAGUAGCAGUAGCAGUAGCAGCAGCAGUACACCUGGGGACGGACAGCGCACCUUGGUGGAGGCUUGCACGGACGGGGACGUACCAACGGUUCGCAGGCUACUAGACGAAGGCAGGUCUGUUCACGAGACCACAGAAGAGGGAGAGAGCCUACUGUCUCUUGCUUGCUCUGCAGGAUAUUACGAAUUAGCCCAAGUUCUCCUUGCAAUGCGUGCCAAUGUGGAAGAUAGAGGCAUCAAGGGGGACUGUACCCCCUUGAUGGAAGGGGCCUCUGCAGGACAUGUAGAAAUAGUCAAGUUGUUGAUUGCCCACAAUGCUGAUGUCAAUGCGCAAUCAUCAUCUGGCAAUACACCUCUCAUGUAUGCCUGUGCAGGUGGCCACAGUGAUGUAGUGAAGGUUUUACUCCAUCAUGGUGCAAAUGUUGAAGACCAUAAUGAGAACGGCCACACCCCACUGAUGGAAGCUGCUUCUGCUGGUCAUGUGGAGGUUGCUAAGAUACUAUUAGAAAAAGGUGCAGGAAUAAACACCCACAGCAAUGAAUUUAAGGAAUCUGCAUUGACUUUAGCCUGCUACAAGGGCCACUUAGAGAUGGUUAAGUUUUUGCUUGAUGCUGGAGCAGAUCAAGAGCAUAAGACUGAUGAAAUGCACACUGCCCUGAUGGAGGCCAGCAUGGAUGGCCACGUGGAGGUUGCACGCCUUCUUCUUGACUCUGGUGCACAGGUGAACAUGCCUGCUGACAGCUUUGAGUCACCCCUGACCCUGGCUGCUUGUGGUGGCCACACUGACCUUGCACUCCUACUUUUAGAAAGAGGAGCAAAUAUCGAGGAGGUAAAUGAUGAGGGAUACACCCCUCUCAUGGAGGCUGCCAGGGAAGGACAUGAAGAGAUGGUCACAUUGCUGUUGGCUCAUGGUGCGGACAUUAAUGCACAAACGGAAGAGACCCAAGAGACUGCGUUGACAUUAGCGUGUUGCGGAGGCUUUAGAGAUGUUGCUGAUCUUCUUAUCAAGGCUGGAGCAGACUUGGAACUUGGGGCCUCAACGCCGCUAAUGGAGGCAGCACAAGAGGGCCACCGAGAUCUGGUCGAGUAUUUGAUUGAAGCUGGUGCUAAUGUCAAUGCCCAGACAUCAACAGGAGACACUGCACUAACUUAUGCUUGUGAGAAUGGGCACACCGAUGUUGCUGACCUCCUGUUACAAGCCGGGGCUAAUAUGGAGCAUGAGAGUGAAGGUGGACGCACACCAAUGAUGAAGGCUUGUCGGGCAGGUCACCUUUGCACGGUUCAGUUCCUUGUUGUAAAGGGUGGUGAUGUGAACAAGACGACCACCAACAACGACCACACGCCACUUUCCUUAGCCUGUGCAGGUGGUCAUGUUCCUGUGGUGGAAUUGCUGCUAGUUCACGGGGCCGAUCCACAUCACAAGCUCAAGGACAAUUCUACCAUGCUGAUGGAGGCCAGCCGUGGUGGUCACACGAAGGUGGUGCAGCUCCUCAUUGACUUUCCCACCUCCAUUUCCCAUCUUCUUCCUGUGGUUGCUCCUCCUCACCCCAGUGUGACUGGCGGCGGCGCAGGAGUAGCGGGAGAGUUGACGAGUGGGCCCUUGCUGGAGGGAGACCCACCCCACCUCACCAUGGGCCUCACUGUGGUUCCAGGCUCAGAUCCUCAGACUCCUUUAAUGCUCAAUGCAAAUCAACCCAUAUUUAAUGAUAUUGCUCGACUAGGAGAUGGAGGUCUACCAGGAGGAUCUACUACCGUCUCCAGUACUCAAGCCUCGGUUACUAAGGUAAACCGUAGCAAGAGCAAUCGUAAGCCUGCCACUUCAUCUGUGUUACCUACCACCAUGGCUCCUGGCCUUACUCCUGCCACUGGGGACAAGACUACCACCAGUGAGGCUCAAACUGCGAAAACGUCAUCAGUCAAUAAUGCAACCAACAGUGAUUAUGUUCUAUUAACCCCAACCUCUCCAACCUCACCUCCACCUGCCAAUCAGGAAGAGGCUAGCACAAAGUUGCGACCAUGUGAUCGUCUAGAUCAGUAUGUAGACAACCUUGUUAGGAAGGCGGAGCAACCUCACCAAAACCGUGAAGAGCAGAUCCUCCAGAAGCAGCAAAUUCUAGAAGAGUUGCAAAGGGUGGAGAGGGAAUUACAAGGGAAAGUAAUCCCUUACAGUGGCAACUAUGAUACCCCAAGAAGCACGAAUAACAGCAGCUGCAACAGCAGUGGCAUUACCACAAGCAGUAACGGUUCAAUUGUUGGCCCAAUGUGUAGUAACAAUGCGUCAUCCAUUACAACGUUGGCCAGCACCAGUACCAAUAGCAACACCAGUAGUGGCAUCAAUGCAGGAAGCACGUCUUUGGCAGCUCCUCUUGUUUAUCCUCCUGCAUCUCUGCAUACCCAUGUACCCAUUGCUACGCAUACUGUGGAAACUCAGACAGGCUUCCUUCCUGGCACUGGAUGGGCAAGUUUACCCCCAGGUGUAGUUAUGUCAGAAUUACCCCCAGUGGUGUCCUUAUAUGGUGGAGCAGCUUCUGCAGCCCAGUUACCAAUUUCACUUCCAGCUGAGGGAGCCCAAGUACCUUCAUCAAUGUUUUCUGGGGGAACAUGCCCUCAGGAAACUGCUGGUUACUCUGCAUCAUCUGUGUAUCACACUCCAGCCUCACCGCCUUCUCUUCCGACUCACAAUAUUUCCUCGUCUGGACCAGCAACAGGAAACGUUCCGGUCUCGGAAAGACCAAAAAUGAUACCUUCAAAGAAAGCAGAUAAAAAGAAGCUUCAACUUCAGCAGCAGAAGCAGCAACCUGUAUCUCAGCAGCAACAUGCUACUCAACAGCAGAUGAUGGUGCAGCGUAGCCAAGCUGUUCAGCAGUUACAGCUUCAACCAGUACAGCUGAGCCAUGGGGUUGAUGGUUCAUAUAGUUGUCCAGCUAGUGGCUUAGGUACUCAACCAUUACUCGUGCCAGGUGGUAAUGUUACUUCCUUACCUCCUCCACCUCCUCCUGGUGUGCUGCAUCCUUCAAGUGGAGCAACACAAUGCCUUCCACCUCCACCACCACCACUUCCUCCUCCCCUUCUUGUUGAUACUACUCAUGAUCAGAGCUGCCAGAAUAAGAAGUCUGAAACCAGUGUAACAAGAGGAAAAAUGGAUAAAAAACGUAGUGUUCCCUCAGAAUGUGAUUGUCCAGGGCUUUUACCAAACGAAGAAGUGGCUAGUAGUGGGGCUGGUUUAAGCAAGUUAGAGAAUGAUUGUGCGAGCCGUGAUGCUGAUAGUGGAGCAGAAGUUGUUCCUUUAACAUCAUUAGGCGCUCCACUGCAACUGUCAACGGGGUUGGGGCCGGCCCCGGGCACAGGUUUGCAGUUUGUUCCCACUACUCUUGUAUCCUCUCCUCACCUGCAAUUUGCACCCUUCCAAGUUGGUACAGGAUCUGUGCCUCUGCAAUAUGGUCACUUGACAUCCUUGGGGAUGGGGCAGGCAGUGUCCAACCAGCCAGUCACCAGUCAAGCUGCUGCUGCUGCAGCAGCAGCACAUCAGCUGCAAGUAAUAGGUUCCUCUGGAGUUUCAGCUAGCAGCAGUGGUAACACUAACAUUACCAAUGCAAGCGGUCCUGUUGUGACAGGUGUUCCUCAUUCUAGCAAGUCUCAAGUAAAGAAGUUUUUGCUUCACUCACCGCAGAUAGGAGUAAAUGCAGGAGAGAGUGGAGGUCAGCAACGUGGACCCCCUCUCGGACCUCUUUUGCAUACUAGUGCAGGAACGCCUCCUACAGGACAACAGGUUUCUCACCCUGCCUCGCUCAGUCAACCAUCUAAGAAAAGUAAGAAGCAGGUUCGAGCUAGUGUAAACAAGCAAGAGAGAGACGGUCAUUACAGCCUUCCUGUUAGUGCAGAUGGAGUAAGUGUUCAAGAUGCUAACCACCACCAGCCUGUUGCUGCAGGCCUACCUCUAGAUCAAGCAGCCCAGGGUGUUGUAUAUGCUAAUACCCAUACCAUGGCCCACUUUCCUGCUACCAUGGCAGCACCAUCCGGUGCUCUUCCUCUUACCAAUGGACCUGUUACAUCGUUCGGCCAGGGUUUACAAGUUAAUGAGUCUGGGUUAAUGGUUGCUACCCCAGCUGCCCCGGCCAAGAUACUCAAUGACCAAUUACCUGACAUGAUAACAACACCUGCUGCUCAGGUGGGUGGUGGACAGCUUGGGGUUGGAGGAGUACCAGUGUCAGUGGGAGUUCCAUACAUGGGUGGUGAUGGGACUGUUCCAUACAAUGGGUCACCGGGUAUUGGACCCGCAGGAGUAUGCCAUUAUCCUGCUGCAAUACCCUCCCAUCUGGUUGAUGUAGAUAUCGAGACAGAUUCCAACCAUGACACAGCCCUGACGUUGGCUUGUGCUGGUGGCCACGAGGAAUUGGUGCAGCUUCUACUUGCUCGCGGCGCCAACAUAGAACACAGAGACAAGAAGGGAUUCACCCCCUUGAUACUAGCAGCUACAGCAGGACAUGCCAAGGUAGUAGAAACUUUACUCACUGCAGGUGCACAUAUUGAGGCUCAGUCUGAACGCACCAAGGACACUCCUCUCUCUCUAGCAUGCUCAGGAGGCAGAUACGAGGUGGUAGAAAUUCUCCUACAGCGAAGUGCCAAUAAGGAACAUAGAAAUGUAUCAGACUACACCCCUCUUUCUCUGGCUGCAUCUGGGGGCUUUGUUAACAUCAUUAAGCUGCUGCUUGACAAUGGCGCAGAGAUCAACUCACGCACAGGAUCCAAGCUUGGUAUCUCCCCACUCAUGCUUGCUGCCAUGAAUGGUCAUGUGGCAGCUGUGAAACUACUAUUAGACAUGGGCUCGGACAUCAAUGCUCAAAUCGAGACCAAUCGGAACACUGCCCUUACCUUAGCUUGUUUCCAAGGUCGGCAUGAAGUUGUAUCGCUUCUCCUUGACCGCAAAGCUAAUGUUGAACACCGUGCCAAGACUGGAUUAACACCUCUGAUGGAGGCUGCAAGUGGUGGCUAUGUUGAGGUUGGGCGUGUCCUGCUUGACAAGGGGGCAGAUGUCAAUGCUCCACCUGUACCAUCUUCUCGAGACACUGCCCUCACCAUCGCAGCAGACAAAGGCCAUUAUAAAUUUGUGGAACUUCUUAUACAACGAGGUGCUCAAGUAGAGGUGAAGAACAAGAAAGGCAAUUCUCCCCUAUGGUUGGCUGCUAAUGGUGGGCACUUGGAGGUUGUGCAACUACUUUAUAGUGCCACUGCAGAUAUCGAUUCAGAGGACAACAGGCGGGUGUCCUGCCUCAUGGCAGCAUUUAAGAGAGGCCAUUAUAAAGUGGUUAAAUACAUGGUUCGAAAUGUAUCUCAGUUUCCUUCUGACCAGGAAUUGCAGCGGUAUAUUGCCACUUUAGGGGACAAAGAGCUCAUCACUAAAUGUACCAACUGUUUGGAAGUCAUUCGGGCAGCCAAGGACAAGCAGGCUUUAGAAGCCAACAAAAAUGCAUCCAUCCUGCUGGAGGAACUUGAACAAGAACGAUCUCGAGAGGAAUCAAAGAAAGCGGCAGCAUCCCGACGAAGACUCAAGAAAAAGGCUAAAAAGCAAGAAAAGAAAGAGGAAAAGCGGCGCUUAGAAGAAGUGAAAAGAAAUGAUGACGGUAGUGAUAAUUAUGAUGACGACGACGAUGAAAAUGGAAGCAAUGAAGACCAAGAUAAUCAUGAGGAACAAAGUAAGAGAGAGAAAAAUGAAGCAAAUGCUCUACAAAGAGUAGUGGAGCAAAUAGUUCCUGAAGAGAAGGAUGGAGAUAGUGGCAUAGAUUCAAAUAGCCAGACUAGUGCAACCUCUGAAACCAAAGUAACAGAUGAAAAAGACAAACAGGGAAAGAGAACAAAGAAAAAACGGAAGGAAUCUUCAACAAAAGACUCGACAAUUGCCAACCAAAAACAGAAUGGUACGUCUUCCCCAAUCCCUAACAGUGAAAGCAAUGAGCUUAAAAGGCUAACGCCUAAUGCCAACAGUAUCCAGCCACAGUGUAGUGCCUCGAAUACCUUAAAUUCAAAGAGUAAGAAAAAGAAGGAAGAGGAGAAUAAAGCAAGCGGAGUAAUGAAUGAGCUUGAUAUCUUUCGCCUAGAUAAUAUCAAACCUGUCAACAACAAAAAAGCAUCCCAUGAUUCCUCUCGUGUCAAUGCCUUGGACACAUUUGGUGAGGUUGAUCAUUAUGUAACGCCCAUUCCUGGUCUUGUUGGUAGUGCUUCAACUACUCUAAGUGCACCUUCCCUUAGUCCUAAUGCCAAAUCUGUCCCUGGUUUAGGAACAAGUCCUAAGAAAGGGACUCGAAGAGAAGAGGGGUGGAAAGAAGUAAGUCGAAAGGCAAAAAAGGUAUCUGUUCCCAAUAGUGCAAUAAGUCGAGUCAUUGGUAGAGGUGGCUGUAAUAUCAAUACCAUUCGUGAGGUAUCUGGUGCACACAUUGAGGUAGAGAAGCAAGGCAAGAGUCAAGGAGAUAGAAUGAUCAGCAUCAAAGGUUCUACAGAAGCCACCCGUCAGGCUCAGAACCUUAUUUCCGCCUUGGUUAAGGAUCCUGAUAAAGACCUCUCGGAGCUACUUCCCAAAUCCGUAGCCAAGGUAGCUCCAAAGCCUUCCAAGAUAAAUGAUAAUUCUGUUUUACAGUCAAAUAGCAAAGCUUUACGACCUGCCAGCACCAUUGGAAUUAGUAUGCCUACUGUUACAUCGUCAACUAUCAGCAUAACUGUAGCAAAGUCUGGCACCACCACAACUACAGCAUGGUCUAGUGCAGUUUCCUCACCAAAGCGGAUUAUAGCACAAACCAGGCCAGUGUCAACUGUCGGUCCACUGAAUUUCUCUGCUCCAAAAAGCCCGGCUGUCCGUCAACUAUUCCCAGGAGAGAAGAAAUCUGUGCCUACUACAUCUGUGGCUAAUAAACCAUUGAACAGCUCGCAUCCAGUAAGUGUACCAAUGUCGAGUGAACCUCAUCAAACAUUUGCUGCAAAGCUGGCAGAUUCAAAAACUUCAACUAAAAGUUCAACACCACCAUUAGUUGCAUCGCCUAACCCUUCUGCUCAGUCUGGGUUACCAAACAAUGUUAUUAAUUCAUCAGAAAACAUGGUCGGAGAAGAUAAAAAUGUGCCAGAAACUAAUAAUAAUGGGAUGAUUAGUCAACAGUAUUCUAUCUUCAAUAACCGUCUCAGUCAAGUGACACAUGAAGCUAUGUGGGGUAACAAAGAGAAGCAGGUUAACUUUGCAUCUGUGGCUGCAGCUGGGCUUGUGCCAAAUGGAAAUAAUAAGAUACCACCCCAGAUGCUUCAACAUCAUCAUCAGCAUUUAGGAGUUGGCCAAGUCAAUAACUACAUGGAACCUGUUGACCAACUUCCAAUGGCAGAUGUUACUCGUGCUCCUGGUUAUAGAGGGACAACAUCUACUGUUAUAGUCAGUAGUCAAAUGCCUUCUGUUGCUUCUGGCAGUCCACCAGGAAGUGUCCCUGUGCCUAUGCCUUUAUCUGGACCACACCAGCCUGGGGCUACUAAUAUGGCUCGUAGUGCACCUGGAACACCUGUAGCCUCCCCAUCAAUGAGGCCUAUUGCACCUCCACCUGCUCGUCAGACAGCAACACCCCCUAUGGGUGGUGCAUCAUUCACUCUCCUUCCAGGUCCAUCACGUACUCCUCCACCUAUGUCGUCAUUAGUGCGAUUGCCUUUACAGUCUGCCUCGCUUGGACCGGGUGGUCCACUACCAACUCGUCAUAUGUCCCAGUCUGGAAUGAACAUGGGACAGCAACCGUAUUCUGGAGUUUCUAUGGCCAGUCUUGCACCUGGGGGCCCAGUGUCGUCCAUUCCCCGUGUCCCAAUACCACCACCAGACCACUCUGACUUGGUCAACCUAGCACCUGGUCAGCCUUAUCGUAAACCACCACCACCACUUGAAAUGACCAUGGGCUCUUUCCAUCAGCAAAAGCAGCAGCAACAGCAACAGCAGCAGCAACUACCUUCUUUAGCUCAGCUUGCAGGAAUGAUGAAUAGCCCAAGAUUUACCACGCCACAAACCAACACUCACCCAGUUUUUACCAAUAAUAUUUUGGCACCCAUUUCAGCAGCUCCACAGAUACAGAGCAAUCUUAACCCUAAUGCACCUGAUUUUACUAGCCGAUCUGGAGGUUUUGUGCCACCACCUUCUUUUCAAUCUCGCCAACAGUUAGCUUUUCAGAAUGGUGCACCAACUGUAACACAUUCUCUCGGAUCAGGAUUUGGUGGGAUUAGUCAAUUUCCAGCUGGGCUAGAAACACUGUCAUUCAAUGAAGUUAUGAGUGGACUUAUGCCACGUAAUCAACCACCUUUGGCUGCCAUCCCUGCUUCAGUUGGAGUCAAUGCUGCCUUCAGAAACAAUGGACCAUCACAAGACGGCUCAUCCCCUCUUGCAUCCCCCCAUUCAUCUAAUCCAGCCUCUCCCACUCAAUCUGCAUCUGCUGCCAGUGCUGGAGGGUUGGCACAGCUACCUGAAGAGCGUCAUGCAAAACUACAACCAAUUGGUACCGAGCGUGCACAGAAAAGGUCGGAGCGGGGUGCUGUAGUUGGAGGACUGGGCGGUCACGGAGGGGCUGUGGUCGCCGACAUACAUUGGAACAUGCAAAUGCCAGAUCUGUUGGCUGGGCCCCACCUUGAUCACAGUCUGCCAGCCAACCCAUAUUACAGUGAUUUGGACAUGGCACAGUAUACACAGGCUUUUUGGCAACAAAUUAUGGUUCAGCGGAAUGUGUGGACUAGUUCCACCGGAAGUCUUCUAUUAUUUCCCAUUGCAAGUGUUUGCAACGGUCUUAAAGCUGAGCAAAUUGUUCCGUUGCAUUCUGACCUCCAGCAGAGGGGUUGCCGUUCAAACGAGACUCCACUGUAUACCGCUUUGGAACUGGGACAUGAAUCAGCAGAUGUAGAACUCGCCCCAACUAAGAGCAGCAGCAGCAGCAGCAGCAGAAGCAUGAUGAAUAACAGAGGAAGCUGGUAGCAGAGGCCAGAUGCUCCAGCAAUUGGGAGCGUCUUAAAGGAGCAGCAGUGGUGGUAGCAGCAGCGGGCUGCCUCUUAUGUUGCUCGGCACCGCUUAUUUCAUCCUCGACAGAUCUGCUUGCCUCAAAAAAAUUUAUCAAAUUAAAUGCUUUUAAUUGUAGUCCUUGUGGUUUGGGUGACAUUAAACUCAGUGAAAUUGCUUCAUUCAAGAUAUAAUGAAUUCAAUGAAUGGUACCUCAUAUGUACCCAUAUUUUAGGUCAAUAAAAUGUUUUAAAGUACCACUUUAAAAUUGAGUGAUGUAUGAUAACUGUUAAUGUUUUCAAAGGUUUAAAGGCAACCUCAUAUGCAAUUGCUGUGGUGUCACUCGUGUUGACAUGGUUAUGAUAUUUUGUUGCUUGCCCAUGUAAGGAUUAUUGGUAGUCGUAAAAUGACGCAACGUAAUGGUGGCCUCAUAAACUCUUGGUAGGAUAAUUGUGGUGACUGGAGUCACUACCCCCCAUGACUGAGGAGGACAUUGUCCUAGUGUGGCUGCGCCUGCCGCCCCCACCGGCUGGUCCCACCCCCUCCCAGGCUGCCCGGGGGCGGCGGUGUGUGCAGGCCGCUAUGUAGUGCACAUGGGCAUCUACUGCGCCUGCCCACUGAACAUGCUUCCGGCAUGGAUGGGUUCCCGGCCCCUUUGUGUCCCCAUCGAUGCCGGCAGCCCAUGAUGACUGCUUGUAGUCGGCUUGUCACUGGUUCACCCCGCACCCGGGCCUAAGUUUGCAGUCUUGUGUUUCCUUCAUUGUAUGCAAAGUCAAGUCACUAGAAGGCAACUUACUGUCCUGAGUUGAGCGAUCCCUAUCCCUCCCAUUUGGCCUUUCUUACCUUCCGACAUCCUCCCCUCCCUAUCCCGCUGCCCGCCCUCCCUUUCGCCUGCUCUGUGACGUGCGGCUGCCACACCGCCGCCCGCUCCAAGGUCGUACUUGUAUAUGCAGCAGUAAUUAUAAUAAAGCUUACUAUCCACUUCUAUGUGGAAACAUUAAAGAUUUAUCAGGCAA